GUGAAGUCCCGGAGCCACGGUUUGAGGAUUUUGUCGGUCUGGGUUCGCGGCAGCGGCGGGUAUAUCAUUGAAACAUGAGUGUUGCAGAUGAAAUUGUCCAUGCUCACAAAGAAGGAGACACAUUUAAGAGUGAAGCAAGUGAAGAGCCAACUAAUGAUGAUGAAAAAGAAAUUGCAAACAAAGAUUCAUGUGACCUGCAACAUCAGGAUAAUAGUAAAAAAAUUCUAGAUGAGAACCUUGAAAGCCAAGUCCAAACUCAGUUCGUUAGUAAACAAGAUGAAGUAAAGACUAUUUCAGGUCAAGAUAAAGCUCAAGCUGGUGAUAGUGGACAACCUGAAGUUGACAGUGACACUGAUAAAGCUCAAACUAAAGCUGACAAUGGCACAAGUGAUAAAGCUAUGAAUGAUAUGGACCAGGUGUACAUUCAGGAGAGCACUACUGUGGAAGACACAGUUGGGACUAAUGUGGAUGAAAUUCAAUCUCAAGGUAAUAGUGGUGAAGAAGGUACAGCUAAGAGUGAGAUUGGGCAAAUCCAAAUUCAGGAUUCUGAUGAUGGACAAGGUGAAGCUUGGAGUGAGACACAGCAAGUUCAAGAACAGAUAGAUAGGGAUGAACAAGCUGAAGCUCUAAGUGUGCCAGGUAAUGUUGAAGGUCAAUCCAGCAGUGGUGAACAUACUGAAACUCUGAGUAAGUCAAGUCAAGUUGAAGAUCAACUUAUUAGUGGCCAAAACGAUGAAGUUCUGAAUGAGUUGGGCCAAGUUGAAGAUCAUCCUACCAAUGGACAAGAUGAAGCUCAAAGUGAAAAAGUCCUUGUCCAGGAUCAGGGUGGACAAGGUGAAGUUCAGUGUGAAUCAGGCCAGGAUCAAGUUAAUAAUGAUGAAAAAGAUCACACUAAAAGUGGAAAAAGCCAGGAUCAACUUAAGGCACUUGAUGGUAGAAAAGUAAAAGCUAAAGGUGCCAUGUGCACAAUCAAAUCAGUGCCAACUAGUGGAAGAGCUGGUCUGCUUACUAGAAAGAGAUUCCCAACUUUUAAUACAGAAAAGAGAAGAUUUAUAAUGGGUGGAAGUUCUGGAAUAUUCGCUAAAGCUUCAAGUGCUUCAGGCCAAGACGAGGCCAAGAAUGUACCCUCCAAAUCUAAAUUCCAAACCAAAAGUAUUGAAAAUGUAAAGUUGGAUGCUGCAGUAGCAGAGAAAGUUGAACCCGAACCAGAUGAGGACAAAAAUCAUUUCAGUUCUGAAACGAUAAAUAGCACACAUGAUACCCAAAACUCUUCAACUGUGAUGAUGAAUGCAGACGAUAAAGACCAAUUCCCAGCUAAAAAGGAUGUAACCAAGUGUACUGAGAGCAGCAGACGUCCUGCGAGUGGUGGGACUCUGGCUAGUAAAGAGGGUAAAUCUGUGACAAAGUUUUGGUGUGAUAUUUGUAAAUUAGUUUGCGCUUCUGCCCUGAAUCUGCAAAUGCAUUUCCUUGGCUUCAAACAUAAAAAGAUUGAAGCAGCUUUAAAAUGGAAUGUCAACAAUGCCGAAGGAGUUACUAAAGAUGAAUUUCUAGCUCCUAUGGAGAUGAGGACUGUGGAAGAUCAUCUCAAUAAAAUGAAGCUAAAUAAGGCUGUACUAGGUCUUGACUAUGUGGUUGAAUAUCGUUAUGACCAAAAGACAAAUCCACAGUUUGUCUGUAAACUGUGCCAUUGUAAAUCAGAACUCACCUGGUUUCUCCCCCACCUUCUUGGAACUAAACACAUGGCAAAUUAUCUGGAAAAGCAUUACCCAGGUAGUCUCAAUUAUGAGGGAGAAAAACUAAAGACUUCUGAAUGGAAAGAAUUUGUCAACAAAAAAGCACUGGAAAUUGAAAAAAAAGAUGGUAGAGGAAAAGUGACUGUUGUCCAAGAGAAAAUAGACACAAAGGGCAAUGAAAAAUCUGCUGUAAAAAGAGUUGCAGAGCAAUCUAUUGUGGAACCUGAGCGUAAACUGCAGAAAUCUGAAGCUACUCCAGAAAAAACUAAGACGAAAGAUCAGCCCAUGCCUUCUCCAAAUGAAGAUCUGAACACAUCCAAGCCUAAGCUUAAAGAAGAACCCAGCUCAUCUCAAGUCCGUGACAUACCUGAAGAUGAGACUUGGACUGGGAUGUAUCUCUACCCUGAUGGUCUUCCCAUCAACCUCCCACUGGAUUCGAAAUUGGUGUCCCGAUCAGUGCGUGCACAUCAGGGAGCUUCUACGGCACGUGGUGCUGCAGCAGUUAAUGACUUGCCUAGUUCAAUAGGAUCAAAAAUUCUGGAAGAUCACAUCAAAAAAUAUGAUUUUGAGGAGGCAAUAAUAGGGCUAGAUUUUUUGACUGAAUACCAUUAUAAAAGAAAAACUGAACCAUUAUAUUUCUGUGAGCUAUGCAAUUGUCAAAUGCCUCUUCAAUGUGUUUUGGCACAUAUCUUUGGAAUUAAACACAAGAUGAAUUAUGUAAAAAGGAAGCAUCCGGAUUUAUUGAAAGUAGGAAUAGGAAAAUACAAACAAAUUGUCAAGAAAAAAGCAGCAGAACUUGAAAAGAUUGAUGGAAGAGGAAAACUGAAGGUGAUCCGAGAUUAUGAUGGACCUUCACUCAGUAAGAAGAUAGCUGCAACAAAAGAUGGAAGUCAACUACAAGACAUGGAAUACAGUAGUUUUGACCAAGAUCAGAGCACCAGCAUGGAAACCUCUUACUCUUCAGAUCCUAAAAAUAGAAAGCCGUAUGCUAGCACAAGUUUCAAACCUUCUAGCAGAGUAACUUCCUCAAAAGCUGAAUCUUGGUCAGAUCCCAAAUAUUCUCGAUGUGAGCCCUCAACAAGUAAACAUGUCGAGACUAGGAAAAGAGAAAGUUCUAAAGAUAUCAGACAUUCUGGAGAAGAUUGGCGAGAUGAAUGGGAACAAUCUAUUAAACGGCCAAAAUCAACAAAGGAGGAUAGAAUGGAAAGAGAAAAAUCUAAGCAUUUUGACAGAGAUCAGGACCGGAGACAGGAAAGCAAAUGGGACUCUGGAGAAAAAUACAAAAAACAAGAUGAGUCCAGGAGGUAUCAAGAUGAUGACCACAGAGGAUAUGAUACUAGUUAUCAGGCACCAGAAAAGUAUAUUCCAUCGAGACCUGAAGAUAUAGUUAAGAAGGAAAUUUUGGGAUUUUUGGCCAAUUUUAAAGUUAUUAAUGAUACAGAUGCCAGAUACGUGAAGGGGAUCAUGUACAAGCUCAGCAAUCAACUCCUGCAAUUUGGUCAAAGGGCUUUGCAGUUGACGGGUUCUGCUGAUAAAUUAAUUGAAGAAACAAAAAAUCCCAGUUCGGCUGAUGAGCAUCCCAGAUUUGAAUCUCGUAGGGCAGGAAUUUUGGGGAAUUUCCCAGCUCAAUCUGCAGUACAAAAUGCAGCUACAUCAAUGUCAUCAAUACAAAACAAUCUUUUGACCCCAUCGCUACUGAAUUCCUUCCGUGGAAUGGAUGUAAAUACAAUUACCAGUACUCUCACAAGAUUAGCUGCCAACAACCCCGCAUUUGAAGGUCUAACAUCAACGUGGAAAAUUUUUGAGAUACAGUAAUCCAGGACCAAAUGAGUUGCCACUUGGAAAGAUGUUGGUGAAUAGAUGAGAAGCAGUGCAUAUUUAUUAAAGGCAAAUAGUGCCUGACAAACAUUUUGAGUUCCUUGACAAUGUAAUGAACAGGACUGAUGUGAGUAAUGAGUAUGUACUCAAGUACCACUAAAUGGACUAGAUGGCAAAGUUGAUGCUCGUGGGAUUAACGGUAAUUUCAAUUUCAAUAUGAAACUGGCUGAAGGUCAAGAAGCAGGGAGUGACGAUGAACAACUGUUUUUAUUCUGGACCCCCUCCUCAGCAUCCCUGGGGUUGGUAUUCGAACCACUGC